AUCAAACGAAUUGACUCAAAACUGUCAUCGAGAUAUUUCUUCAUGAUAUUUUCGUUUUUUAUUUGUGUAUUUCAUUAAUUACCGUAGGAAAUUAUUAGAUUCAGUGGUUAGAUAUUUUUAAGAAUAUCGAUCAAACAUCUUAAAUGUAUGAUACUUGUGAUGUGCGAGUGUAAAACAUUAAUGUCUUGAGAAACGUGUCACUAUUUUUUUACAAACCGUUGUACAAUAAUCUAAGCUGGGUAAAGGAAUGUGAAGUGUCCUUUACCUUCGGAAACAAGUGAUAUUUUCACAUGGGUGAUGGCUUGGCAGUCGGACACACGUACUGAUGAAAACAGCUUCUUGCUGCGUCUGAAGAUAAUCGGAGCCCACUCUUUGGCUAAGAAGGAUAUAUUUGGUGCUAGCGAUCCCUAUGUUCGUGUGGAGCUGCAGAAAGUGGACGGUGACGUCACCAUCGAAACCUUCCUCACGAAGACCAAGAAAAAGACAUUGAAUCCAGUAUGGAAUCAGGAGUUUGUAUUCAGGGUGAAGCCCCAGGAGCACAAACUCCUCAUCCAGGUUUUCGACGAGAACCGGCUGACCCGCGACGACUUCCUGGGCAUGGUGGAGCUCCCGCUGGCGGCCGUGCCGGCGGAGAGCGCGGCCAGCGCGCGCGCCGCCGCCGUCAAGUACCCGCUGCGCCCGCGCAGGUCUGUUGCGCGAUCGCGCGUGCGUGGGUUCAUAGAGGUGUACGUGGGGCUGGUGGGGCGCGUGGGCCCGCCCGCCGACGGGGACGCUGCGCCCGCGCACGACGACUGGGAGCUGGUGGAGCCCGCCGCCCAGCUGGGGCAGCCGGUGCAGCCGGUCUCGGAGGGCGCCGCGCGAACUGUGCCCUCUUUUACCGGAGAGGACUGGGAGAUAGUCGAGGCAUCACAAUUUGUGAUCGGCGGGGACCCGUUACCCCCCGGCUGGGAGGAGAGACAGGACGCCAACGGGAGGACGUAUUACGUGAACCACAUAGAGAGGUCCACGCAAUGGGAACGGCCUACCUUCACCCGUAUGCAAAGUACAGAAUCGCAAGCAGAGCGUAUGGAGACGGCCGUGACUGAGUUCCAGAGGCGGUUCCACAUCUCCGCUGAUGAGGAACACUCCUCCAGCCCCUCGGCUUCGCAGCACCAGGAGGAUGUAAGCAAUAGAAGCGGGGAUACUAACUCGCCCGAUGCUACUCCUUACUCGACUCCGAUACGGUCUCCGGAACUCAAUGAUGUAGAGCAAGAAGAAACAGACAGAGGUGCAGGGGAAUCAACUAGUAUAAGUAACGAAAACGACUGUGAUAAUAAUUUAAGAGAUAACCAAGAUCAAGACGAUGUUGUUUGCGCCAACGAAACUGUGAGAAUACAGGGAAAUGAUGACAACGAAACUGCGAAUGAAAAUGAUGCUCAAGCUGUUUGUGAUAAUGCGGCUUCUAGUCAAGACGAUGUCGACGGUGACGCACCGAAUGCCAUGAAUGGUGAUGCUAACGAAAUUUCGGAAACAAAUGUAGUAGUAGAAUCGGCUGAGAUUGAAAAUGAACAGACGGAAAAUGAAAUGGGGAAUGGGGAAACAGAAAUAAGAGAUGUAGACAAUGAAACAGAUGAAAAUGGAAUUGGUCAAAACAACGAAAUUAGUGCAGAGGAGGCAGAACGAGAAGCGUUAUUGGCAGAUUUGGAGGAUGCGUUGACGUUUGAUGAGAAUCACUUCAGUACGCCGACAGGUGGCGCUAGUCCCGCGAGGUCACCGAACUCUAGGCGGAGGCGGACGGCGACCGAUUCGGACGACUCAGAGGACGAGACAGACGGAUCGACGGAGAGCACGCGGAGCAGUAGUGCGAGCAGCACGCAGAGUCAAACUCUGCCUAACAGUGAAGGUUUACCUCCCGGAUGGACGAUGCAGAAAGCACCAAAUGGAAGAAUAUUCUUCAUCGACCACAACAAGAAGACUACCACGUGGAUAGAUCCAAGAACAGGUUGUGCAUCGAGUCUACCAUCAGCCGCUGCGGCGUCGGCGGGACCCACUGACGAGUUGGGACCACUACCCGAGGGUUGGGAGGAGAGAGUUCACACGGACGGCAGAAUAUUCUUCAUUGACCACAAUACUCGCACGACGCAAUGGGAAGACCCCAGACUUUCAAAUCCCCAGAUAGCGGGCCCGGCAGUACCUUAUUCCAGAGAUUACAAGCGGAAAUACGAAUACCUCAAGAGUCAGUUACGCAAACCUAGCAACGUCCCCAACAAGUUCGAAAUAAAAGUCCGUCGGAACUCAAUAUUGGAAGACUCGUACCGUAUUAUCAGCUCCGUGAGCCGCAUCGAGCUGUUGAAGACCAAGCUGUGGGUCGAGUUCGAGUCGGAAGUCGGGCUCGAUUACGGAGGUCUGGCUCGCGAGUGGUUCUUCCUCCUCUCCAAAGAGAUGUUCAACCCAUACUACGGCCUGUUUGAAUACUCGGCCAUGGACAAUUACACGUUGCAAAUCAACCCUAACAGUGGGGUAUGCAAUGAGGAACAUCUCUCGUAUUUCAAGUUCAUAGGCAGGGUGGCCGGCAUGGCGGUGUACCAUGGGAAACUUCUAGAUGCAUUCUUCAUCCGUCCAUUCUACAAGAUGAUGCUGAACAAGACUAUAGAUCUCAAAGACAUGGAGUCUGUCGAUCUCGAGUACUACAACUCUCUCAUGUGGAUCAGGGAGAACGACCCAUCGGAACUGGAGUUGACCUUCAGUGUGGACGAGGAACAGUUCGGGAAGACGAUACAACGAGAGCUGAAGCCGGGGGGAGCUAACAUUCCAGUGGACGAUGAGAACAAGGACGAGUAUAUCAAACUGGUGAUCCAAUGGAGAUUCGUCAGCCGCGUCCAGGAGCAGAUGUCGGCGUUCCUGGAAGGUUUCGGCGCGCUGGUGCCCCUCAACCUGCUGAAGAUCUUCGACGAGCACGAGCUGGAGCUGCUGCUGUGCGGCAUACAGCACAUCGACGUGAGGGACUGGCGCGCCAACACGCUCUACAAGGGCGACUAUCACGCCAACCAUAUCGUCGUCAUGUGGUUUUGGAGGGUGGUGCUAUCAUUCUCCAACGAGAUGCGCUCGCGCCUGCUCCAGUUCGUCACAGGAACGUCCAGGGUCCCGAUGAACGGGUUCAAGGAGCUGUACGGCUCAAACGGACCCCAAUUGUUCACUAUUGAGAAGUGGGGCGCGCCCGAGAAUUACCCCAGAGCGCAUACUUGCUUCAACCGCAUCGACCUGCCGCCGUACGAGAGCUACCAGCAGCUCCGCGAGAAGCUCAUCAAGGCCAUCGAGGGCUCGGUAGGGUUCGCCGGCGUCGACUGAUUGUGGCUGAGCGACCACGACUACCUCCGACUGGUGCUCACAUCGGAGUUCGUGAGGCAUAUAGUGCCACUACUGAUAGGCACUAUCUUGUUAUUCUUUUUGUUUGUGAGUAAUAAUGGCGGUUUUAAAUAGAGAUGCGGUG